GCGUACUUGCCGUCGCCUAUCAGACUUCCCUUUGUAAUGUCUUGAAAGAAGAAGAGAUUUGGCCUAAACAUGAUGCGGGCAGCGGCCCGUACACCGGCGGCGUACUUUAGCUACGCAGUACGCCGCCGCUUUCUACACUCCGUCACGGCACCAUCAGUGAGAGAAACCGGACUCUAUGGUUUCGACGACUUGAAAACGCCUAAAGGUUUUCAACGCAUGGUGGAAGAUGCAAUUGAGCGGUCUGAUGAACUUGUUAAUUAUAUUGGUGGAAUGCCUUCUGCUCCCGAAAUUAUUAAAGCAAUGGAUGAAAUAUCAGAUACGGUCUGUAAAGUUAUUGACAGCGCUGAGUUAUGUCGGCAUACACAUCCGGAUAGGGAAUUUGUUGAGGAGGCAAGCAAGGCAUCUCUACGCAUAAAUGAGUAUCUAAAUUAUCUGAACUCGAAUCCUAGCUUAUAUCAUGCCAUUCUAAAAGCUGAGCAAAAUCAUAACAUGCUUACGGAAGAAGCUCGAAGGGCUGCCCACCAUCUUCGUAUUGAUUUGGAGAAGGGUGGAAUCCACCUCAGCCCAGAGAAAUUGGAUCGUGUUAAUCAACUAGGUGUAGACAUUCUUCAGCUCUGCCGAGGGUUCAAUGAAAAUAUCAUCACUGACCCAGGUCAUGUUGAUAUAUUUCCUGCUUCACGUAUCCCAACAAAAUUGCAUCACCUUGCCAAGCCCAUCUACCACACUUCUCCAUCUGUGUCAAAGAGAUCAACAUGGACCAAAUCUGAUUUGAAGGAGAAAGGAUUUCGCUUAGUGACAACACCAAAUGCUUUGAGUUCUAUAUUACAGUUGGCAUCUGAUGCUGAGAUUAGAAAGCUAGCUUAUGUCAAAGGAAACUCUGUGCCCCAUGCAAACCUGGAAGUCCUAGAUAAGCUUCUUGCAGCACGCCAUGAGUUUUCUGAGAUCUUGGGAUAUCGAUCUUAUGCAGAAUUUGCGCUGAAGGAAAACAUGGCUUCAUCGCCUGAAGUUGUUCUGUCUUUUCUGCAUGAAAUGAGUAAAAUGGUCAGACACAAGGCUGAUGAGGAGUUUAAGAAACUUUUGGAUUUUAAGAGGAGCACCAAUGGCCAUUUUGUUGAAGACUUGGACCCAUGGGAUGAGCCAUACUUUGCACGAUUGAUGAAAGCAUCUGCCCACAAUUUGGAUUAUUCAAUUGCUGCAUCAUACUUUUCCCUGCCACAAUGUAUUGAGGGGUUAAAAGUGCUUGCUGAGUCCUUGUUUGGCGUGAAAUGUCAUGAGGUUUCUCUUGGCCGUGGUGAAUCAUGGCAUCCAGAUGUAGUCAAAUUGUCUCUGCACCAUCCCGAUGAGGGAGACAUGGGUUAUUUGUAUCUUGAUUUGAAAUCAAGAAAGGGAAAGCAUCCUAUUUCAGCACAUUUUGCUAUUCAAGGAGGCCGUCGUACCUCUGAAACGGAAUACCAAUUACCGAUAGUUGCACUUGUUUGCAACUUUUCAGGCUCCAGUUUUGCAUCCGUUCAUCUUCACCAUUCUGAUGUAGAAACUCUAUUUCAUGAAUUUGGUCAUGCUCUUCACUCAUUGCUUUCAAGAACGGAUUACCAACAUUUUUCAGGGACCAGAGUGGCUCUUGAUUUUGCUGAAACACCGUCAAACCUCUUCGAAUAUUAUGCAUGGGAUUAUCGAUUCUUGAAAACAUUUGCUAGAGAUGCUGCCGGCGAUCCUAUACCAGAGAAGUUGGUAAAAUCAUUGCUGGGAGCCAAAAAUAUGUUUGCUGCAACUGAAUUGCAACGUCAGGUCUUCUAUUCCUUAGUCGACCAGGCCCUCCAUACACUGCAGCCUUCUUCAGCAAAAGACACUGUCUCGAUCAUAGCUGAUCUAAAGAACGAACACACAUCUUGGAAGCACGUGGAAGGAACACAUUGGCACACCCGAUUCAGCCACCUUGUUAAUUACGGCGCAGGUUACUACAGCUACUUGUAUGCAAAAUGCUUUGCGGCGACAAUCUGGGUAAAGAUGUUACAGCAAGAGCCGUUAUCAGUUACUGCAGGAUCUGAACUCCGAACAAAAUUGUUGCAGCGCGGUGGAGCCAGAGAUCCAACCACAAUACUGAAAGAUUUAGUGGGCGAUGGUGCAGUGAGAAACUGCAAUGGAGGAAUCAUACCUGAUAUCGCCAGCCUUGGUGAAGAGAUGAAAUUAUUCGACUCAAACUGA